GAAAAUUGGAUUUUGUUAGAUAAAAAAUAAAUUUAAAGCAAUAAAAAAUGUCAAAAUCUAAAUCCGCAAAACUAGCUCGUGAGCGUUUUAAAUCUGCCGCAAGACGUGUGUGCAGCGAGGAAUUCAUUUGGGAUAUCGACGGAUCGAAAACGUUUGUGACCAAAAUUAAUAAAAUUAUUGCAGAUAAAAUUGUUUCAUUUUUUUCGAUUAAUUUUUCAGCUUUAGUUCGCGAGCAAAAAUUUUCUGUGCAUCACAAUUGGCUGCAAAGCAACGAGAGAAUCCACUUGAUGGAAAAGAAUUUGUUAAAAUUGUCACUCGUGAUGGAGUGAGGAAUCUCUUAGUUCCGAGUAAACGUCCCAACACGUACGAAGAAUUUUGGCCACAAAAGGAGCUUGUACGUCUCGAGAAUAAAGCCAAAGUAUUAACAGUUGAGGAUAAAAUGAUAAAACUGCAAAAGCGACUCGAAGAGAACAAAAAAUUGAAGGAAGAUUGCGAGAAGAGGAAACAGCGGCUCAGGGAAAUUGAUAUGGCAAAAAGAACGUUGAUGGAGAAUGAAUUGGAUUCAUAUCAAAUUGCUGAGAAUGAAAAUAAAUUGAAAUUACUCGACCGUGCAUACCUAGCGAAACAAGAGCAGGAAGAGGAAGUAAAGCAAGCAAAUCGCAUCAUUUUAGCAACAAAAUGUUCAGUAAUUCGCGACGCACAAAUAGCUGAAAAGAAUGAAAUUGAACGAGAAUUUCGUAAUGAGAAUUUAAGACUUGAGCGAAUGAUGUUAGAAGAGCGUGAUAAGGCACUCAUUGAAGAGGAACAGAAGCGAGAAGUUGAACGAAAAAAUGUAUUAAAAUAUUCGAUGGAGAUACGAGCACAAUUGGAAGAAAGGGAAGCGGUUCGAGCGAAGGAAGUUGAGAGAAUUGAAGAAGAGGCGGCUGCAAUGAAAAAGGCGCUUAUGGCAAUAGAAAAGGAAGACGUGGAAAAGGCUCGAAUACGAAGCGCAAAAAUUCAAAAGACACGUGAAGGUCUUCAAAAGUCUAGUCAUUGGAGUCAAUAUUUCAAGAAUUUGCAAUUUGAGAAGGAACGAAUUGCGGAAUUGAAAGUACAAGAAUAUAUGCGACAACGAUUGGAAAGGGAUAAGCAAUUGGAGCUUGAAAGGCGACUAGCAAAGGAAGAGCGUGAAAAGGAAUAUGACAAAAUUCUUCAGCGUCAACAGAAAUUGCUUGAAUCAAAAACAGAACGUAAUGAAUUGGAGUAUCGACGACAAAGGGAAGAGGUUGAGCGUGAAUUUAGACGACGCGAAAAGGAAGCUGCAAUAAAGAAACGUGAGAUGGCUGAUGAUAUAGCAAAAGCACGUAAUGUUCAAUUGGAGGAAGUUCUCCUUGGCAGGUGUAUAACACAAAAAUCUAUUAAAUUAACACAAAAACGACAACGUGCAAUGCAAAUAGCACGAGAUGAAGCCAAUUUCAAUGAGUUUAUGGGUAAACUUCGAGUUGAAAAGGACAGAGAAGAGCUGAGGAAGAAGCUUCGUUCGCAGACUAAAUGCAAAUAUCGAGAUGAUAUAAUCGCUCAAAUUGAACAGAAGAAGGUGAAGAAACGUGAAAUGGAAGAGAAAUUGAAGCGUGAAAAAAUGGCUCUUAUUGAUGCAGAACGACAGCGUGAAAAAAAUGUGAAACAAGUAAUCGAAACAAAGGUCAAAGACAUGAAAGCCAACAAUGUUCCUGAAAAAUUCAUAAAAGAUGUUGAACGUCAACUGAAUAACCUUGCCAACUUGACACUGUCCGUAAAGUCGAAAUAA